UUAUGUAAAUGUGUUUGUAAUUAUGUAUAUGUUGGCACAUAUCAGUCCCACUUUCUUAUUAAGUUGAUCAAAGUUCAUUCAAAGUUAAUUUAGAAUUUCUAACUUGUAAAAAGCUGUUAUUUAUCAGUAAUAAGGGAAAGCAAGAAAAAAAAUACUCUGCCCUAAAGACAAAAUUAUUCGACAGAAAUAACGACAAAUUAUUUCCAAGUUGGAUGGAAUUAAAAUUCAAGAGCAAGGGGACAUAAAGAUUUGUUUCCUUUAUUUUUUAUCAUAAAUUCUGAGCGGAUUUUAAAAGAGUGUCAGGAAUGUCAAGGGUGUAUAAACUUGUUUCACAUGUUUCGAAGAGAGCAUACAGUGCGACGACAACAACAACCUUCCCGAAAAUAACAACUCAUUAUACAGUCGUUCCACGAGAGAACGAUCCACGAUGGAAAGAGGUCAAUAUGGAAAGGUACGUGGACGAGACGGAUAUUUUAAUUGUAGGUGGUGGUCCAGGAGGGAUGUCAGCGGCAAUUCAAGCGAGAAAAAUUGCUCAGGAACGUGGCAAGGAAUUACGUGUGACACUCGUUGAGAAAUCAUCGACAAUUGGUGGUCAUAUUUUAAGUGGUGCUUGUAUCGAUCCAAUUGCACUUAAUGAAUUAAUACCAAAUUGGGAGGAAUUGGGAGCUCCUUUGAAAACGCCAGUGACUAAGGAUAAAUUUGCAUAUCUCACGGAAAAUGGUAGAAUUCCAGUGCCAAUAUUUAAAGGUAUGCCAAUGUAUAAUCAUGGAAAUUAUGUCGUUCGUUUAGGUCACGUUGUCGCUUGGCUUGGCGAGCAGGCAGAAGCGGCUGGUGUUGAACUUUAUCCCGGCUAUGCAGCAACGGAAAUUCUCUAUCACGAAGAUGGUUCAGUGAAGGGAAUUGCGACGAACGAUGUUGGAAUUGCAAAAGACGGCUCACCGAAGGAGAUUUUCGAACGUGGAAUGGAAUUGCAUGCGAAAUGUACAAUUUUCGCUGAAGGCUGUCAUGGACAUUUGGCAAAGCAAUUGAUGAGUAAAUUUAAUCUUCGCGAGGAAUGUGAAUCGCAAACUUAUGGUAUUGGUCUCAAGGAAAUAUGGGAAAUUGAUGGAGCGAAGCAUUCGCCAGGUUUAGUUGAACAUACGGUUGGAUGGCCUUUGAAUAAAAACACCUACGGUGGUUCGUUUUUGUAUCAUUUGAAUGAAGACACUCCUCUAAUUGCCAUUGGUUUUGUUGUUGGACUAGACUAUCAAAAUCCAUAUUUAAGUCCUUUUAGAGAAUUCCAAAAGUUUAAGCAUCAUCCGUCAAUUAAGUCGACAUUGGAGAAUGGAAAGAGAGUCGCCUAUGGAGCACGUGCCCUCGUCGAAGGAGGUUUUCAAUCAAUUCCAAAACUACAAUUUCCAGGUGGUUGUCUAAUAGGUUGCAGUGCGGGAUUUUUGAACGUUCCGAAAAUAAAGGGAACGCAUAAUGCAAUGAAAAGUGGAAUGCUCGCUGCUGAAAGUGCAAUUGACGCGAUUAUCAAAGCGGAGACUGAGAAUUCUGCAACAAAGGGUCUAACGCCUGAGAAUUAUGAGGGAAAAAUCAAAAAUAGUUGGAUAUACAAGGAAUUGAAGGCGGUGAGAAAUUUCCGACCGAGUUUUCAUUCACCACUUGGAUUAUUCGGUGGUAUUUUAUAUUCCGGAUUGUCCAUGAUUUUAGGAGGUAGAGAACCGUGGACAUUGUCUCAUGGUGGUCCAGAUUAUAAGAAACUAAAACCUGCCGCAGUUUCCACACCAAUUGAAUAUCCGAAACCGGAUAAUAAAAUAAGUUUUGAUUUAUUGUCAUCGGUUGCACUCACGGGAACGAAUCAUGAAGCCGAUCAACCAGCACAUUUAACCCUCAUGGACGAUACAGUUCCGGUGAUGAAGAAUUUGGCAAUUUUCGAUGGACCCGAGGGACGUUUUUGUCCUGCCGGUGUUUAUGAAUUUGUUCCACUUGAAAAUGACGAUGGACAACGUUUACAAAUUAAUGCACAAAAUUGUAUUCAUUGUAAGACAUGUGAUAUCAAAGAUCCAAGUCAGAAUAUUAAUUGGGUCGUUCCUGAAGGUGGAGGUGGUCCCGCCUACAAUGGCAUGUAAAAAAAAGAGCGAAAUAUUAGUGCCUUAUUUUAAAGGCAACUUACAAUUGUUUUAGAGUGUCAAUUAACAUUUAUUGACAAAAUUUUAUCAUUUUUGCAUAAUUGAAAUUAACAAAAAUGAUUUUUAUCUGUAUUUCAAUUGUAUUUCAAUUUAAAGCAGAUAAAAAAUGGCUAUAAGUGAGAUUUAAGCUCGAUACAAAUAGUUAUAUAAG